AUGCUUGGGCUCAGACGCAACUGCCACGACGACGCCAGCGACGCCGAGCAUGUGAAGCUUAAACCGCUGCUCCCAUCGCCGCCCCAGUGGCCAUCAUCAUCGCUAGUUUCAUCGCUGCCGUUAUCUCAGCCGACCCUGCUCCUGCAGCGCCUGCAGCUUAACCAGCACCUGAACGAGCGCAUCACCUUCUCCCUGGAGCAGUACCACAAGAACGUCAUCAAGAAAUUGGCUGCCAGUAGCCUAGGCAAGUUCCAGGUCUUCCGUCUUACCAAAAACGUCUGCCAGACUUAA